AUGACAGCCAUUUCAAGCUUUAUCGCAGCCUGCGUACGAUACAGCUCACAGCUGCGCGUGCCCAACGAAACAUUGGAAUCACUGGAAAGGAUCCACGAAAGCUACGGCAAACUCGGCAUCAUUGUCAAUGAUAUCCACAGUUUCGAGAAAGAACUCCGUUUGUGGAAGAGGGACCACAAGGAAGGUGCGAAAUUGCUGAACAUCGUGAAUACAAUGUCUAUAGAUGCUGGGGUAUCAUAUGCCACGGCAAACGCAUUUUGUGGGUUCUCUGUCGGGAGUGGGAAAUUUAUCAUUAAGACAUGGUGGCAAAAGCGCUGGAAGGUAAAGGAGGGACUGAUCCGUCUCUCAAGCUGUAUCUCAAGGGUCUAG